UGUCAAAAAUAGUGAGUGUUUACAGCUAAUAAGUAAAAUUAUAGUAGUUUAUCAGUGGGUGUUUGCAAGUGUAUAUUUAAGUAGGGCUGUGAUCGAAGGCGUACGCGCGCGUCGCUGUCAGUUUGCGAACGCAAGCGCGUCACCGACUCCGAAGGCAACUGCGAUGCGGUUUAGAACUGACUGGUAACCCUACUGCAGGCGUUAUCCUCGUCUCGUUCCUGGAGCCAGAGCUUUUGGGGGGCAGAGUCCUGCGUUAGUGGCAGAGCCUCCAUCCCCCAGUCAGCCGCCGUCGUUGUUGUGCAUCGGAACGCCAUCACUGUCAGUGUGUCUGGUGUUUAUUAGAUUGAACUGAUCUGAUCUUCUGACUGGGGAAACUGAAGCAGCUGCAAGCCACGCCUUGUGCUUGACCACACCUGGCCCCUCCCACAUACCCCUGCUGCCACCAUGGUGCUGUCACAACGGCAACGAGACGAACUAAAUCGAGCGAUAGCUGAUUAUCUUCGUUCCAAUGGAUAUGAAGAAGCUUAUUCAACUUUCAAGAAGGAGGCAGAAUUAGACAUGAAUGAAGAAUUGGAUAAGAAGUACGCUGGCCUUUUGGAAAAGAAAUGGACCUCAGUCAUCAGAUUACAAAAGAAGGUGAUGGAGCUGGAGUCAAAGCUGAAUGAGGCCAAGGAGGAGAUAACCUUGGGUGGGCCCAUAGCCCAGAAGCGUGACCCCAAAGAGUGGAUACCUCGCCCGCCGGAGAAGUACGCGCUGAGCGGCCAUCGUUCCCCAGUCACACGUGUCAUCUUCCACCCAGUCUUCAGUGUCAUGGUGUCUGCCUCCGAGGACGCCACAAUAAAGGUGUGGGACUAUGAGACAGGAGACUUUGAGCGGACGCUGAAGGGUCACACAGACUCUGUCCAGGACAUAUCCUUUGACCAUACUGGCAAGCUGUUGGCCUCCUGCUCUGCAGACAUGACCAUCAAGCUGUGGGACUUCCAGGGCUUUGAGUGCAUCAGAACCAUGCAUGGACAUGAUCACAAUGUUUCAUCUGUUGCCAUCAUGCCCAAUGGAGAUCACAUAGUAUCUGCCUCGAGGGACAAAACCAUUAAAAUGUGGGAGGUGGCCACUGGCUACUGUGUGAAGACGUUCACAGGCCACAGGGAGUGGGUGAGGAUGGUCCGGCCCAACCAGGAUGGCACCCUGAUCGCCAGCUGCUCCAACGACCAGACGGUGCGUGUGUGGGUGGUGGCAUCCAAAGAGUGCAAGGCUGAGCUGCGGGAGCACGAACACGUGGUGGAGUGCAUCUCCUGGGCUCCUGAGAGUGCCCAUCCCACCAUCUUGGAAGCCACCGGCUCAGAGUCUAAGAAGAGUGGUAAGCCCGGCCCUUUCCUGCUGUCUGGCUCCAGAGACAAGACCAUCAAGAUGUGGGAUGUCAGCAUUGGAAUGUGCCUUAUGACACUGGUUGGCCAUGAUAACUGGGUGCGUGGGAUGCUUGUCCACCCCGGAGGCAAGUUCAUAUUGAGCUGUGCUGACGACAAGACCUUAAGGAUCUGGGAUUACAAGAACAAGCGCUGCAUGAAGACCCUGAGUGCCCAUGAACAUUUUGUUACCUCUCUGGAUUUCCACAAGAAUGCUCCGUACGUCGUCACCGGAAGCGUAGAUCAAACAGUUAAAGUGUGGGAGUGUCGCUGAUCCGAUCCGAUCAGACCUGAGCAGAUCAGACCACCACCAAUCCCUCUCCUCCCACUCCACCCCCUAUAGGCCUCUUUCCACAACCCCUGCACCCCACCUCACCUCCCAGUCUCCUUCAUCUCCUCUGACUACACACACACACACCAUGGUUAAUAACUUCUCCUGUCAUAACGCUCUCUGGUCCAAUAACUAUGGUCCUUUUAUGUACAUUAUUCUGGAUGUAGAUUGAGCUAUUAAAUGUUGCACAGCAAAAAAAGUAUUGCAUGGUGAUGAAUACAAAAUUGUAUACUGUAAAUUUACAUGAUAACGUUGUCUAGAAGUACCAUAGGUUUAUGAGCGGGGCUGUCUGUCACAUGCAGCCUUACCUACCUACUUACUGAAGGCAGAUGUUUCUUCGUGUGCGUCACAAAUGGCUCCCUAUGUGGUGCAAUUGCUGAUGACCAGGGCCCUUGUGCCCUGGUAAAAAAGUAGUGCUCUAUACAGGGAAUAGGGUGCCAUUUGGGAUACAUGCUUUGACUGGGUGUAAAAUGUAGGGCACUAAAACCGAUAAUUUAAAACACGUUUCUUUACAUGUCAGAUUUAUUUUUGUCUGCCUACUUUAUUUUAUUUUUAUAUAUAUUUUUCUCUCCUUUUCACUGUUGUAGUCUCUGUUGGUGAUGUUUUUGAGGGGGUGGGGAAACGACAAAAGGAAAAGUAUAAUCCCUUGAUGCCGGAGGAUAUGAGAUUGUCGGUUUGGGGAGGGGGGGUUUAUUGGAAUAAUCUGUAGCUUUGUAACUUCACUUCUGAAGUGUGCAUACCAUUUCUCUUUAUGUGGAACUAGUGAAUAUAUUAAUUGCUGCAUAUACAAAUGUUUCAAACUGUAUCUUUGGACAGCUGGGGUUUGAGAAAACAAAACAGCUUUUUACUCUUGUCAUGAUGCGUACUAAACUUAGUAGAAAAACGUAUAAUUAUCCUAUACAAUAAAAGUGUUCUGCUUCACGUUUAUUGAAUCGGAUAACAUUUCUGUUUUGGCAUCUCAAUUAAUUAACCUGGCUAUGCUGUGCAGAUGGUGCCCUUAUUUCCGUUGGUUAGCAUUUAGGCUAAACUCAGUGGACUUUAAGCCGAAAUGCCAACCUGAAAGCUAUGUGAGCCGAUAGCGUGAGGUUACUCCUCCCUGAUAAGCUGCCCCCUGUCUGUUCGCCCCGGUACUGGGCCUUACGGUUGGCCGCAACUGAUAAGGCGAGCUUCUCAGCUUUUGUCUAGCACUUGGCCCUUUAGCAGCAGACAUCAGGGAUCACCUCUUUUUAAUUUCAAUUCACUUGAAAAUAAUCUUUAGGUGUCUCCCUCCCUCUGUAAGAUGGCUCAUUGACAUCCCAAGUCUAACCUGAGUGAUUUUCCAUUGGACUCAACUGAACUCUCCCUUUUUCUAACCAUUUGACGAAUCUGGUGUCUGCUGGGUUUUGUCUGUUAUACUAUAGGAAUCAUGUAAGUGAUUUGAUGCUCAGUUGGCCAUUGUCUUGUGCUGCUUGUGUCUAUGGGCUGUGUAAAUUAGGGAGGGUAAGCUUAAGCCUUAGUUUUGGAUGAAAUAUGCAAGUUUCGAAUGAGUCGGAAUGUCAUAGCAUGACAAGGAGUCAGUUGCCCCUCAGGUAUGUUUUGGGAUGUGCAAAGGAUCUCUCCGGGGGGAUGAUUGAGAGGUAAUAAAGCUGUUUCUGUGGGUGGGGGGAAAAAAUACAUGUAAUUUUACUGAGCUGUAGGAAAGUGUCCAAAUCUGUUUCCACCAAACUGACUGGUGAACUUUUGGGGUGAUUCAUUCAAUUGAUGAUGAAAUAAAAUGCUAGUAGUAGACAUGCUAAUGAAUGCUUGUGUUCGUUGUACAGUAGAGCGGUCUGAUGGUAGUUCUUGUAAAGGGAUCGUAACCCCUAAGCCUACUUAAAGCAGCUCCCUUCCCACAGACCGGCCUUGGCUUUGGUCUUGGGCUAGUCUUCCUAGGCUGUGUUUGUGCCCAGAAGAGUGCUUAGACUCCUAGUGAAGAGCUCUCGAGGUGAAAUUCCACAGGCCGACUAACACAUUGCAGUCGUCUCCUGGGUGGCAGGCAGAUCUUUAUCAUAUUCUGUUCAUUUUAUGAGCUUGGAGGCUGAACAAAAUGAAAACCAAAUCCCUCCAUUUCCCUUAAAAAUAUAAACAUCUUGCUGCUGCUUACGCUGCAGCAGGUGAGGGAAAAUCCUAUUGUCUGGCACAUCCCUGCUUUUCUUUAUAUCUUUGGUCCUUUGUCGGACUGAUGAUCGAAGAUGUAAGAAAUUAAGAAAUACUUAAUAAAAUGCAUAAACAAUUUUUUUUAUCAUCCUUUUCCAUUGAUGCAUUUCUAUAAUAAAGAAUUCCACUUGCUUAACUGAUCUUAUCUUAAGCUUCUUUGCUGAAUAUCUUCCUGUUCCUCUUCCUGUGUGUGUUUGUUUGGAUGUAGCUAGCUGCUGACCUCUGAACCCUCAUAGUGGCUAGUUUGACCUGUCGACAAUAGAACUGCUGCAUGUACCCCUGUUGUACCAGGGGCUGAGCUGUCUGGUUUGGUGGACCUUUCUGGUUCAAGUGCUGUGAUGUAAGCCGCCGAACACUCAGGCAGAGUCUGAAAUGGCACCCUAAUUCCCUAAAAAGUAGUGUAUUUCAGACGCAGACUCAUUCAGUCACAGGCCACCCCGCUAAACUGCCAAAUGCUAAUUUGUCCACUUGGCAAACGAUAUACUGUUAAAAGAGCGAGAAGUAGGAUAAGAGAACUCAAUCUCUUAUGAGAAAGGAUUGUAUCCCUCCUGUCUCUUACCAGUAAGCAGGUGUGUGGUUUCUAUGUAUACUGUGUAUUUUGCAUAUUGACUUUUCAAAGACACCAGACAGACUCUACCAGACAGGUCGGCUCAAGCUGGCAUGAUGUUUGCAGACGGACUGCUCUGUACUUAAUGUGGUUGUUGCUGUUAAGAGGACAGGUCUGUAAAUGAAUGAACUGGCUCCUUCCUCUAUAUGUGAUGGGAUUGCGGCUGACUAAAGAUGUUCUAAGAGAAAAUAAUCUUCUCAUUGAGAGAAUACCACUUUUGCCUCCUCUGGACUAGAGGCUUCCAUGCAUUUAGUCAGACCCAGACUGGUCUUUCUCCAAGCUGCUUUCUGUCAGUCCGUGGGAGACUUUGAUUGGAGAGUCGGCGUGCGUUACUCCAUACACCAGCAAUCGAUAGGAAAAUUGGACAUGGUGGUGCUGAUGCACCAUAAAACGUGUUUUAGCUGAAGCCCCAAAAAAUGUAUCUCGUAGGACAUUCUGGUGUAGCUUCAGCAUUCAGAUAAUAUAUGCUAGACUGUUAGCUUCCUGAUUUAAGCUGAUUUUUCUCUUUGAUUGGCUAAAUUCAGAAUUAUAAUAUCGGGAUCCUUGGGUGUUAAUUCUAAACCAGGCCUGAAGUGAACCUAAAUGGAUAUUAGAUUUGACUCUUGUUGUUAAAACUCUUUCCCUUUCUUGGAUGAGAAAGAUCUAUAAACAAAUUGUCGGGAGGGAGAAUGUGUCUCUUGUAAUAUAGUUCUCAUCGAAUGAAUGCUUCAUAUAACUGUGCUGUUGUACCUACCCUGUGAAAAUAAAUCACUUUUUGCCAUUUGCAGGUCCCAAGCAAUCCCUAUGCUACACUGGCUAGGUGGAUCAGAAGGACUGGCAGACAAGCUUUUCACUGUCUGUUGGUCCUUUCCCCCAGUCUCAAGUCCAUCUGUCUGCUAUGAUCUGCCUUGUGAAUAGAUUGAGGGCUUCAGACUUCACACCUUUAACAGGAUUUAUUGUUUUGCUUUCAUGGUCUUACGUUCAGCAAAAUUGUUAACAUCUGGAUGUCAUUAUUUUUUGCAACAUUAAACAAAUAUCUGUGA